AUGGUACUAUUGACCAUGAUCCGGUGCGCUGACUCAGCCACUCCGGUGCCAGUCCCCGAUCAAGGAAGUUCACCAACAGACAGCCAGCCUCCAACGCUGCCCUUCAACCCACCCGGCCCACCUCGGACAUAUUCACAUAUUCUCAUAUACAUCCAGAAGCAACCAGCCAAGCAACACACAUCCAAGAUGAUGGAAGAACUCGAUGCCAUGCAAUCCGACCCCGUGCCAACGCUGGAGGACAGACUGGCCAACAUGGACUUCAGCGAAAAGAUGCUCGACUUGUGCUUCAUCCUAGACACCACAGGCAGCAUGGGUAGCUACAUCACAGCGGCCACGCAGAACAUCGAGCUGAUCUGCGACGAGAUUAUUAACUCUGAGCGACUGGCUUCACCUGAGUGUCUACGGAUCGGUCUGAUAGCUUAUCGCGACCACCCUCCACAAGACAUGUCGUAUGUGACGUUGAAGUUCGGCUUCACCUCGAAUCCUAAGGCGGUCAAGGAGAAUUUAAAAACACUUUGGGCAUCAGGAGGUGGCGAUGGACCGGAGGCUGUGACUGCGGCGAUGCACGAGGCCCUAACAUUGGACUGGCGGCCCCAGGCCAGUAAGAUGGCUGUUCUCAUUACCGAUGCCCCCCCUCACGGGAUCGGUGAAUACGGUGACGGUUUUAGUAGGGGCGACCCCUCGGGCCACGAUCCUCUGCAACUCGCCCGCAAGAUGGCUCAAACAGGCAUCAGCUUGUUUGUCGUGGCAUGCGAGCCAGCCUUCUCAGGAUACUCGUACUCCAAUGAUUUCUUUCGGGCGAUUGCGAGCAUCACUUCCGCCACCAUGUUGCCAUUGACGACGGCCAACCUGCUGCCGCAUGUGAUCGUCGGUUCUGCGUUCGAACAGAUGGAUAUGGAGAGGCUGAUUCGCGAGGUCGGUCAUGCGGUGGCCGAACGGGUCGCCGUCGGUCAAGAGAGCGUGGAUGAUAUCGCUAAAGAACUACACGAAAAACUCCUGCUUCGGAACGAAAGUACGAAGCAGUUAAUCGUCGAAGACAUUUAUCGCGAUUCUCCCGAAGCUCGUCAUAACGUCGAAGUCUGGUUGAACGCGUUUGACAUCCAAGCAGCAAGGCCAAACCUCAAAAGAAUCAUUGGCUCUCGAUUUACGGAAAAAUAUCUUCAAUCACGAUACUCAGCAGCCUCUACAUCCGCAUCAUCUUCAGCCAGAAUAUAUCCACUUCCGCUACCGUCGAGGAAGAAAACAGGGACGGGCUCUACACGAAGACGGACGUCGACCUCCUCGCCAUCCCGACAAGUGAUCUCCGACUUCAAGGUAUUCGCGACGAACACGCCGAAGACGUUCUCAGAUUACAGCCGUUCGUCGACCUCGCCUCCCUCGAAGCCGUUCCAUAGCUCCCCGCUCAAGGACCGCAAUUCGUCUACUUGGGCCGCCGGCGGACUGUCGAGCGAUUCUGAGCAAGACGAGGAUGACCUACAAGGCGACCACCCUACCCAUCUUCAGUCCAGUCAACCCGUCGACCAACUCCUCGCCAAACAGAGCCCUUCCCGACCUCCUACCACCGAAACUUCUGCCCCUUCUCAAGCUGUCGAUGUCAAACAAGACCCUAUCUCUUUCGCUCAGGCUCGCAGGAUCACCACUAGUGCCGCCUGGAGAAUCAUACGCACUUAG